UUAAGGCUCAAUUGGGCCUAUUCGUCGGCCCAACAUAAAUUGGGCUUUUCAGGCCCAUUAAAAGGUAACCGCCUUUUUUCAGUUUUUAAACUAUCUUUUCCUUUGAAGAAAUCAGAAACUGAACAGAAACGAGUGAAAAUGGAGUCUGAUAGUAAUUCACAAGAAGGGAGUAGCGAAGAUGAAAUCCACAUGGAAGCGAUUUCACUCUCAACUCCUCCGCCAACCACCGCGACGGUGAAGAGAGCAAACGAAACCAAGGUCAACAACGCAUCAAAAUGUUUCAGAGAUGUUUUUGGUAAAAUAAAGGAGAAAAUGGUAGCAGUUACAAAAUUUGCCGAGGAGAAAUGGCUUAAACAAUGCGGAUUUUCUGCUUAUUCGGAUAGAACAAGAGCUUAUCAGAUUUGGCCAGGGAACAAUGUGUUUUUCUUCCAUGGAAGGCUUGUAUUUGGGCCGGAUCCUAGAGGAUUAGUACUGACUACUGCUUCAAUUAUAAUCUCAAGUUGGAUUUUUACAAUGUAUAACGAUGGUGACGAUGGCGAUGAUCAUUUACCAGUUCAUUCUACUCUGCUCGUCACUCUCUCCUUGCUUCUAACAAUAACUGCUCUAGUCAGUUUAUUUCUAGUGAGUUCAAGUGAUCCAGGUAUAAUUCCUAGAAAUGAUCAAACAACAAUGGAGGAAAUUACCGGUACGAGCAACGGUAACAGAAGGAAGAAGAUAACAAUCAAUGGAGUAGAAUUGAAACUGAAAUACUGUCGAAUUUGCAAGAUUUUCCGGCCUCCGAGGAGUUGUCAUUGUGCAAUUUGCAAUAACUGUGUAGAGAAAUUCGACCACCAUUGCCCUUGGAUUGGUCAAUGUGUUGCACUGCGAAAUUAUCGAUUCUACAUGACAUUUUUGAUCUCAGCUUUGUGUUUGGUAAUCUUCAUAUUCGUAUUCUCGUUUUGGAGAAUUCAACGAAGAAUGUUGCGAAUCGGGUCUGGAUUGCUUGGGAUGCUUAUGAACUCUCCUGAAAACCUAGCUUUAACUUUGUUCAGUUUUGGUGCUAUUUGGUUCCUUGCUGGCCUUACUAUCUUCCAUUUCUACUUGAUUGCAAUUAAUCAGACAUCGUAUGAGAAUUAUAGGCAAAGCUACGUGGAGUCUGAAAAUCCAUUUGAUAAGGGGUUAUUACGUAAUAUUAAGGAGGCUUUGUUUUCGAAAUUGGCUCCUUCUAGAGUUGAUUUUCGUGUUGAAGUUGAACCAAGUGGACAUUCAAAUGCUGAGGAAGUUUAAGAUAAAUAUGUGAAGAUACAUAAAUAUUUUUCUACUCUUUUUUGACAACUUUUAUUGUA